AUGUCCAUUAUUGAUAAUACGUGUGAUUUUGAAUUAUCGUUGGUAGAUCUGCAAGCAAUUGACGAACUAGAAAAACAACUGACUCAAAGAGAUUCACCGCUAUUAGAAAUUCCAUGUUGUAGUGAAAUAUGUGACGAUACAGAAGUAAUUUUGCAUAGGCGAGGAAACAGAAAGAGGCGGUUUGUGAUAGAAAGUGGUGACGAAGAUGAAAACCCAGAACAGCAGAUUAACACAAGACUUGAGACCGAUUUAUGGUAUGAACCAGCGGGUAAGCAAAGAAGAAUUAUACCUUUCACAGAGUGCCCUGGUUUGAAACCUUAUAGUUUGAGAAAUACGAUGGCACAAUCCAAACCAGAGGAUUUCUAUUCUUUGUUAGUUCCGGAUAGUGUGUUUCAUGAUAUAGCUGUGGAAACCAACCGAUUUGCUGCUCAGACAAUUACUAAACUUAGUUCAAAAAAUCAAAUACAACGAGGAUCGCGACUGCUAAGUUGGUCUGAUACAAACCAAGACGAAAUCAAAAGGUUUUUUGGUUUGAUUUUAUAUAUGGGCAUAGUUAGAUUGCCUAAGCUAGCUGAUUAUUGGUCAACAGACCCCCUGAUUUGCCAAUCUUUCCCUCGUACGGUUAUGUCUCGUAACAGGUUUGAAAUUUUGUUACGAAUGGUGCAUUUUUCUAACAACGAUAACCAAAAAUACGAUAUAUACAGGUCUCCUAGUUCGGCUGCAGAUGCUAUGUUU